AUGGCGGACAAGAAAGCAUCCCCAGAGAUCGAACAUAUUGAAUCCGAGAUAAAGACGGAACCGUUUACUCUCAUACCUCCCUCUGGAUCAGAAAGACAGCCAUAUGGUGAACCUGGUCUCAGGGGUAUCCUCACAAACAAGUAUGUCGCAACAUGCGCCGCAUUUGCAACAUUGGGCGGAGCGAUGUUUGGCUACGACCAAGGCGUCAUCUCCAUAACCCUAACAAUGGACCAAUUCCUUAAACGAUUCCCAGAGGUUGGCCCCAAUGCACCAGGUGCAGGAUUCCAGAAAGGAAUCCUCACUGCCAUGAUCGAGCUCGGGGCUUUCCUUGGAGCGAUGAACCAGGGAUGGAUUGCCGAUAAAUUCUCUCGAAAGUGGUCUAUCAUGGUUGCAGUGAUUAUCUUCCUUUUUGGAUCCGCAUUGCAGACGGGUGCUAUGACUUUCGAAAUGCUGGUAGGUGCCCGGUUUGUCGGAGGUAUUGGUGUUGGCAUGCUAGCUAUGGUGGCACCGCUAUAUAUCUCUGAGAUUGCGCCACCGGAGAUUCGCGGUACUUUGCUUGUUUUACAGGAACUUGCUAUUGUCACUGCUGUCGUGGUUGCGUUCUAUAUCACAUAUGGUACACGAUACAUUCCGGGUGAAUGGUCUUGGCGCCUUCCGUUUCUCAUUCAGAUGGUUCCUGCCAUAUUCCUCGGCGUCGGUAUUCCCUUCCUACCAUAUUCACCUCGUUGGCUCGCUGGUCGGGGCCGAGAUGACGAAGCACUUCAGGUUCUCUGUAAAUUGCGCGGUGUCGACGCUACCGACGAGCGUGUGAUCCGAGAGUGGGUUGAUAUUCGCUCCGAGGUAGCAUUUUGCAACGAAGUGAGUAUUGUGAGACACCCAAACUGUCAGGAUGGAAGUUACACUAGUCGUGCAAUGCUUCAUAUCUGGAGCUAUUUGGACUGUUUCCGCAAAGGGUGUUGGAAACGUACGCAUGUUGGUAUUGGAUUGAUGUUCUUCCAACAAUUCGGCGGUGUCAACGCUCUUAUCUAUUACUCACCCAGUCUAUUCGAAGGGAUGGGUCUAAACUACGAAAUGCAACUCCACAUGUCCGGCGUCAUCAACAUCUGCCAGAUGUUGGCAUGUUUCUGGUCCCUAUGGGGUAUGGAUAAAUUCGGCCGAAGACCUCUGCUCUUUGGCGGCGCCAGCUGCAUGGCUUUUGCCCAUUUUAUCAUUGCUGUUCUGAUGAGCCAAUACCAAUCAAACUGGCCUGCACAUUCCACAGAGGGUUGGGUUUGUGUCGCCUUCUUGUGCGUCUUCAUGCUGACCUACGGAGCUACUUGGGGCCCCAUCCCUUGGGCUAUGCCAGCUGAGAUCUUCCCCUCUUCGCUACGUGCUAAGGGUAUGGCGUACUCCACGAUGUCGAACUGGCUUAAUAAUUUUAUCAUCGGGCUUAUCACUCCGCCGCUUGUGCAAAACACUGGAUAUGGAACCUAUGUGUUCUUCUGUGUGUUUUGUGCCCUGUCAUUUGUUUGGACAUUGUUUUUUGUUCCGGAAACUAAUGGCAAAACUUUGGAGGAAAUGGACUCUGUCUUUAAGGAUAAUAGUUCGAGUGUGGAGACAGAACAGCGCGCGAGGAUUGAGGCUACAAUCUGGGCUCAUGCUGCGGGACGAUCUCAUGGCCUUGAAGGCACUCAUCAGAUUACAUAG